UUCAUAUGUAUAUUUUUCCAGGGGCAUGUUGUAGAUUUGCGUUCUGACACCUUAACUAAACCCAGUCCCGGCAUGAAGAAGGCCAUGAUGGAUGCACUACUUGGGGAUGAUGUCUAUCGUGAAGAUCCAACAGUGUCAGAGCUGGAGAAUUGUAUGGCAGCUUGUACGGGAAAGGACUCGGCCCUGUUUGUACCAUCAGGCACUAUGGGAAACCUUAUUUGUGUAUUAGGCCACUGUGAGCAUCGAGGAUCAGAAGUACUACUGGGUGAUCAAGCACACAUCUUCCUCUAUGAACAGGCUGGUAUGGCUCAGCUUGGUGGUAUACAGCCUCACAUCAUCCCCACUGAACCAAAUGGAACAUUUGAUGUUAAUGAGAUAUCAGCAAGGUUGCGUGUUGAAGAUGUACACUGCCCAAGAACCACACUUAUAUGUAUUGAAAAUACUCAAAAUGUAUGUGGUGGGAAGGUUGUGCCUUGUCACUGGAUUGAUGAGGUAAAUAUUGUGAUUCCACUUGUUUCAUUUAGCUGAAGUUGUGGUGAAAUU